CCGGUGAAUGGCUCCUGUGUAGCCAAGCGGGGAAGGAGGGAGCCGGCGAGCGUGUGCGGCGGUCGCUGUCCUUCCCGCUGAGGCGCUGGGAGGCCAUGGAUCCCAACAGAAUCAUCCAGGCGCUCAAGGGCACCAUCGACCCCAAGCUGCGCCUCGCGGCCGAGAAUGAACUCAACCAGUCCUACAAGAUAAUAAACUUUGCUCCUAGUCUGCUACAAAUCAUUGUUUCUGAUCAAGUGGAAUUCCCAGUCCGGCAAGCAGCUGCUAUUUACUUGAAGAACAUGGUAACACAGUACUGGCCAGACCGGGAGCCUCCACCUGGAGAAGUGAUAUUUCCAUUCAAUAUUCAUGAAAAUGAUCGUCAGCAGAUUCGGGAUAAUAUUGUAGAAGGAAUUAUUCGUUCUCCAGACUUAGUGAGAGCUCAGCUGACAAUGUGCCUCCGUGCUAUUAUUAAGCAUGACUUCCCAGGUCACUGGACUGCAGUGGUGGACAAGAUUGGGUUUUACUUGCAGUCUUCCAAUAGUGGAAGCUGGCUUGGAAGUCUCCUGUGCCUGUACCAACUGGUAAAAACCUAUGAAUAUAAGAAAGCUGAGGAACGAGAUCCUCUCAUUGCUGCAAUGCAAAUAUUCUUGCCUCGGAUUCAGCAGCAGAUGAUCCAACUUCUUCCUGACAAUUCCCAUUAUUCUGUGCUCCUUCAGAAACAGAUCUUAAAAAUUUUCUAUGCACUUGUUCAGUACGCUUUGCCACUUCAGCUGGUGAAUAAUCAAACCAUGACUCAGUGGAUGGAGAUUUUCCGGACUGUCAUUGACAGAAGUGUGCCUCCUGAAACUCUGCAAAUUGAUGAAGAUGAUCGGCCAGAGUUGGUGUGGUGGAAAUGUAAGAAGUGGGCUCUGCGGAUUGUUGCUCGUCUUUUUGAAAGGUAUGGUAGUCCUGGAAAUGUAACAAAAGAAUAUUUUGAAUUUUCUGAGUUCUUCUUGAAAACUUAUGCUGUGGGAAUCCAGCAGGUACUCCUAAAAAUCUUGGACCAAUACAGGCAGAAAGACUAUGUAGCUCCACGUGUCCUUCAACAAACAUUAAACUAUCUGAACCAGGGAGUCCAUCACUGUAUAACCUGGAAGCAAAUGAAGCCACAUAUGCAGACUUUGUGUGAAGAAGUCAUCUUUUCUCUGAUGUGUUAUAAAGAUGAGGAUGAGGAACUCUGGCAGGAGGACCCAUAUGAGUACAUCCGCAUGAAAUUUGAUGUGUUUGAGGAUUAUGCAUCCCCUACAACAGCAGCACAGAUUCUUCUGUACACUGCAGCAAAAAAGCGAAAAGAGGUGUUACCAAAAAUGAUGGCAUUUUGUUAUCAGAUCCUCACUGAGCCCAACAUUGACCCUAGAAAGAAAGAUGGGGCAUUACAUGUGAUUGGAUCACUAGCAGAUAUUUUGCUGAAGAAAAGCGUAUUCAAGGAUCAGAUGGAGUUGAUGCUGCAGAAUCAUGUCUUUCCAUUAUUCAUGUCAAAUCUUGGAUAUUUAAGAGCAAGAUCCUGUUGGACCCUUCGUUCAUUCAGCACCUUAAAAUUUCACAAUGAGCUCAAUCUAAGGAAUGCAGUUGAGCUAACAAAAAAGAGCUUGAUUGAAGACAAAGAAAUGCCUGUCAAAGUGGAAGCUGCCAUUGCACUUCAGUCCUUGAUAAGCCAUCAGGAACAAGCAAAGGAGUACAUUAAGCCCUAUAUCAGGCCUGUUAUGCAGGAGCUGCUGCUUGUAGUUCGAGAGACUGAGAAUGAUGAUCUUACCAAUGUAAUUCAGAAGCUGAUUUGUGAAUACAGCCAAGAAGUAGCAACUAUUGCUGUGGAAAUGACACAGCACCUGGCAGAGAUUUUUGGUAAAGUUCUUCAAAGUGAAGAAUAUGAAGAAAUGGAGGAUAAAACUGUUAUGGCCAUGGGGAUCCUGCAUACAAUUGACACAAUCCUUACUGUUGUGCAGGACCACAAGGAGAUAACUCAACAGCUGGAGAGCAUUUGCCUGCAAAUCAUUGGUCUUGUCUUGCAGAAACAUGUAAUAGAGUUCUACGAAGAAAUUCUCUCUCUAGCAUACAGCUUGACAUGCCAUCUUAUUUCACCCCAAAUGUGGCAGCUCCUGGGUGUCUUAUAUGAAGUGUUUCAACAGGACUGCUUUGAGUACUUUGCAGAUAUGAUGCCUCUAUUGCACAACUAUGUCACUGUGGAUACUGAUAUUUUAUUGUCAAAUUCCAAAAAUUUGGAGAUAAUUUAUACUAUGUGUAAAAAGGUCCUAACUGGUGAUGCAGGUGAAGAUGCUGAGUGCCAUGCAGCGAAGCUCUUAGAGAUUAUUAUUCUGCAGUGCAAAGGAAGGGGUAUUGAUCAGUGCAUCCCGCUGUUCGUAGAAGCUGUUCUUGAGCGCUUAACGCGAGGGGUUAAAACCAGUGAGCUCCGCACCAUGUGUCUCCAGGUUGCCAUUGCUGCCCUCUACUACAACCCAGAGCUCCUUUUGCACACUUUAGAGAACAUCCGGUUUCCUCAUAACCCAGAGCCAAUCACUGCACAGUUUAUAAACCAGUGGAUGAAUGACACAGACUGUUUUCUUGGUCUUCAUGACAGGAAGAUGUGCAUCAUUGGACUGAGCAUUCUCAUGGGACUGCCGUCUCGACCUCCUUCAGUAGACGCUGUGGCUGCCCAGAUUGUCCCAUCAGUUCUCCUCCUAUUCUUGGGACUAAAACAAAUGUGUGCCACCCGGCAACAUACAGAACAUGAAGAGCAUGGAAAAGCUGAAAAGAAUGAUGCAGAAGAUAAUGAAGAGAUUCCAAGUGAUGAAGAGGAAGUGAAUGAAGCAAGUCAAGACAUGCAGGAGAACCAUGCCGGUGGCGGUGGUGAUGCAGGAGACGAUGAUGAAGAAGAUGACGAUGAUGACGACUGGGAUGAUGAAGCAUUAGAAGAAACUGCUUUAGAAGGCUUCAGCACUCCUAUUGAUCUAGAAGAUGGUGUGGAUGAAUAUCAGUUCUUCACACAGGCAUUAUUAGCUAUACAAAGCCGAGAUGCUGGCUGGUACCACUUGUUGACAGCACCACUCAGCACUGAUCAGAAGACUCAGUUGCAGGAAAUCUGUACAUUAGCUGAACACCGGAGAAGCUCUGCAGAAUCUAAGAGGAUAGAACAACAAACGGGCUUCACAUUUGAUAACAAAGGACUGGUCUCUGGAUUUAACUUUGGCAAUGCUCCAGGAAGCAACUGAAGGGGAAAAGAGCUUGAAGAACUGUGCAAAAAUAUUUCAUUAUUAAAAAAAAAUGUGACUUAUGAACAGGCAAGGGAAGGUAAUCAAGAGGUCUGCAGGUUUCCCCUUUGGAAAAGGCAGUAGUUGACCCCCUUCCCCCCUCAUUAAGACAUUCUUUCUAACCAGCUGCUGUAAUGUAUAAAUUCUUGUGGGUAUUUUUAUAAGUUGUUGGACUGAAAAGAAAGCAUCUGUCUCCUCUUCUUUUCCUUAGGAAAGGGGGAACCAGCUGUUUGAAACUGAAUGGAAUUGCACUUCUCAGGUUUUUGCCAUGUGAAAUUGAAGGGGUCCUAUGGAUAACAGUGCCUUCUGUUGUAUAUGGAUUGCCCAACAAAAGAAUUUUGGAGUGCAUUGCUUUUUGUUUAAAAGAAAAGAAAGGUCAUAUAAAGGGCAUAAUUCAUAUCUUGCUUUCCAUAUUCUUUUGUUAACUUUCUCUAAUGAAAUCAUGGCUGUAUUGUGUCAGUCACACGUUUCACAGUUAGCUAUAGAAACAUUGCAACAUCCCUGCAUUUGUGUUGGCUUCUGGAUCAUGCCUCGCUGAGUUAUCAAGAAUAUCUUUAUAUUCACUGCUGUUACCAAUAGAGAAUUGUUUUUAAAUUCUUCUUUAGAGCGGCCAGACUUUAUGCAGAGUUCUCAAAAUUUUUAAAACACCUUCCUUGUUUACCAUGGAAUCGAUUUGCAUGUUUCAAGCCUUGUGAGAUGCUCAUUCUGCUUACAUGGGACCAUGGUCUAACCUACUAAGACUCUUACCCUGCAGAACUAGAACAGAUGCCUCAAUCUGGCAUCCCCCAGGUCUGUUGGGAUUUAAGAUAGUCUUGAUCCUAACACAUCUGGAGAACACCACUUUGCAGAUUAAGAUUAAUAACUGUGAGCAGGGCUUUUUUGUUUUCUUUUGCCACUGUUGACCAUCUGAAAAAUCCAAGGGUUCUCCAAAACAGUUUUGAAAACCACUGCUUUAACAGAACUAAAGGCAUUGUGAAUCUUCAGCUUUGGGUCUUUUGAAUGUGGAUCUAAAGCUAUUUCAGUGCUGUUGUGGAUUUUGUGUUGUAUCAGUAAUGAGCUUGUGGACUAUGUAAAUAGUUGUCAGCUUUGUACUGUUGUUGUUUUGAACUCUUUCAAUAACAACAUUAUCAUUCUUCCAGCCAUAUUGUGAGAUUCUAGAUUUUCAGUAAUUGCAUUUAUAGGUCUUUGUCCUGUAUCCAGCAACUGAGUUUCGUUUCCUUUCUUCCUUCCUUCCCAGUUGCAGCCACAGGGGAGCAAAAGGUGGAGGAGUCAAAAUGAUGCACACAGUGUUGUUGACACAAGCCCCCCUUUUCUGUAUGGGUCAUGACACUGCAUACAUGCUCCCCAAAAGGAACAGCUUGUGACAUAACACUGCAAUGCCUGCAGGUGCCAUCCUUCCUUCCUUGAUUUGAAACACCAUUUUUGCUUAUGUUUGCCUAGGUUUGUGUUAGAGAGCAGAUGAGAUCAUAUUCAGUGGCUUACCUUGCACAAAUGAUGUUGGGGACAACAGGGACUGAACUGACUCCUUGCAUUCCAACUGUCUAUCCCUAACAAAGACACUGAUUUUUGUCUUUGAGCUUCUUUUCUCCAUAAACCAAUUAUGAUCACAUCUAUUUUCUAUAUCCUACUAGUGAACUUUACAUUUCUCCAAAAUAGUUUUUAGGAGCACAAACUUUCCCAGACAGACAGUACAUUUGCAGUUACGUAUGUGCAGCUUCCCCCUUUUAACAUGGACAGAAGAAUGGGAAGGGUCACAUACAUCAAUGUAGUUGGAGGGAAAAGAAUUGCUCGAGGCUGUGUGCAAUCUUCUUAACUGAUUUGACACAGGUGCAUGUAAUCCUUGGGUUCUGGUAUCCAGCAUCAAAUGCCUAGUGAGAUGUGAAUCUGGCUGAUCAAGAGAAAUCUUGGUGAAAACACAUCUCUUUUCCUGAGCUCUUUUUAUUUAGAUAUCUCAUGAGGAAUGCAGGCUUCAGCAUUAAGACAACUUUCCUGAACCUGGCACCUUCCACAUUUUUCAAACUAUACAUACUUGGCUGGGGAUUUGACUUGUAGUGCCCUAUAUCUAGAAAGUGCUAAUUUUAAGGAAGAUUAUAGGAAGCUAAAAUACUGAGCCUUGUAUCUUUAAGGAGAAAUAUAAAGUAUGCUAGUUUGGGAAAUGAGCAACCUAAUGUUGGUGCAAGAGUUUGCUUAUUAGAUUACAUUGGCCAUUUUCCCAAAACAACCUUGGCAUGUCAGAUAUGGCAUCCAUAAUCACUUGUCAAUGAUGGACAUCUAAAUGAAUCCUUGAGUUGAAACACCAUUUGCUUUCCAGCUCAACUGAUGAUUAAUUUUUUCCUCAGUAAUCUGUGUCUGAAAGCUAAACAUUAUUGCUUUAAUGCUCUUGCCAGCUUUCACAACUUGGAUUGAGCAAGGUGCCCCGUAUGCUUUAUGUUUAAGUUUUAUGUAUAUGUGUGCCUGCAUGCAUUCUUAGAUCGUCAUUCAUUAAAUUUGUAAUAAAAUCCUGUCCUGCUAGCUUGGCUUUCUGUAAGCGAGGGAAUCAAACUUCCUUCUCAAACUGCAAGCUUAAAACUACUUCACAAAUUACAAACACAAAUCUGUAUUUACUGUAGUGAAUUGGGGCUUCCCGAAGACCAUUGCUUACAAGCAAUUGACAGUCACAUUUAGGCGUGAUGCUUUUAGGGAUACAUUUAAAACAUGUUAGAUGCAAUUCUGAAUUGCUCUGGAUGAAGAGGAAUUAGAGUGCAAAUAUUAUUUGGUUUCCCAUCUAGUACAGUAUGACAAACUUGCGCCUCCAUUUACAUUUGUUUUGGUUCUUUACUAAUUCUGUGUUUUAUAUCCCAAAGAAAUUUCCUGUAAAUGUUUUAGCCCAUUGAAAUGGAUUUAACCCUAAUCCGGUUCCUUCAUCUGUCUUGAAUUUAUUGUUGUACAGUUGAUAGACCAGAGGCAUUUGCUAGACAGUAUUUAAAAGAGCAAGAGGGAAAAAAAGAAGAGCGAAUUUGUUGCUCUAACUCUUUGGAGUGGAUUUUUGUGCAAAUAUGUUUGCAAAAGAAAGUAUAUUUUUAUUUGUUUGUAUCUAUAUAUGAAGGGAAUCCACUUUUAAAAUAUUAAGUAGCAUUUAGGCUGCUGCUUCAUAGGGAUAACAGCGUAUCUUUUUAAAAUCCUUUUAGUUUUUGUGUAUAAGAUUUGAAUUGUCUUCCAGGUUUUGCCCAAAUUUAUUCUAAUGCAUCCAACAAUCACAAAAACAUCACUGGGAGAUUCAGUGAGGACUCGUAGUAGUCAAUUCUUCUGUGGCAUCCAAAUCACUACAUAACUUUGUAGCUUUUUGGGGGGGGGGGUUGCCCUUUGGAUUUCAUCAGACUGUAGAGGACAGAAGAAUGGUCUGUGAAAUGCUUUUACCUCCAACCUUCCUUUUAUGUCCUGCUUUUUGGUAUGCAGAGAUGAUUUAGGAUUCUACCAUUCAAACAUGCAAUAUGGAGGUGAUGCGUAAUAAGGUUCAGCCGCAUGAAUUUGUCAGCUGUUGCAUGCAGAUACCUACGCUUCAUUAGUGCAUAGGGAACAUCAGGAAUGCUUCAGCUGAUGACAUGUUGCCACCUCUAUCUCCCUCCCUCCAGUAGAUAUGUCUUUCACUGUUUUGCAUAUGUUAUGUUGGGUUAUGAAAAAUGUAACUUGAGAGAGCAUUUCCUUAAUUAAAAAGCUUAAUGUGUAAAGAAAUUGUUGGGAAUUCAGAGGUCAAGUGAUUGAUUCAUAUGUGUCUGUUCGCUGCUUGAUGAUUCAUGCAUGUUAUGAAUCAGCUCUCAUAGAUACAGUAUUACAGAUAUAAAUCAUAUCAUAUCACCCCA